AUGGGUGAAUCUGUUCUACAGCAAUACUCAAAAAUAUUUUUAAAUUUCACCAAAAAUGGAAAUUUAGACAGAACGAAUUUAGAUGAUUUAAUCAAUAUCAUAAAAAAAAGCACUGAUAUUAGUGACGUGAGUACCAAAUCAAUUAUUAUGACAUUAUCCUUGCAUUUUUUGAUAAGCAGUGAUACAGCAAAUUACCUAUUUGAAGAUAUAAUUGAAUCAUAUGGAAUGUGUAUCAGUAAUCUCAUCUACAUUUUCCAAAAUAAAUCAAGUUUUCCUGUUGAAAGAAAAACUAUAAUACUUGUGUUGAAGGAAAUUUCAACUAACCAAAUUUUUAUACAUGAAUCAUCUGUUUUGAAUUUAAUAGCUCUUCUGGAAACAGCAACUUUUAAUGAACUUCCUCAAUCUAAUGCAGCUUCAAAGUGUAAAGAUAUUAGUUUUAAAUAUUUGCACGACUUGACCGAUGUUAUAAAAGAAAAAUCCAAAACUAUAUUUUCUAAGUCAAGCGCUCUUAAAAGUCUGCAAGAUCUCAUCCAAAAUUCUGAUCACAUGUCAAAUCCACAAAACGGCAAUAAUUUGCUCAUGGAUAUGCUCGCAAGAAAUGAACUGAAUUUAUUUAAAAUUAUCAGCGAAUCAUUACUUCCCAACGAUUCUACUACUAACGAAUGUGCCAAUAAAGAAUUUUUUAUGAUAAUCAACAACUCAAUCCUUAAAAAGCUGAAAGCCGCUCACAUUUUAUUGGAAAGUGGCUUAGAAUCGAUGUUAAAAAGAUUUUUUACAUACUCCGAAAAGUUCGAAACUACUGACUACGCCCGAAAAAUGGACACCUUAAUCCAAGAUCUCCAUGGCCUGCAAAGCUUUAAAGAAAAUUUUGCCAUCGUCUACGAAGAUUUAGAAAUUCUAUCCUUGAUUACAUCGUGCCCCUUUUUCGAGGAUUGCCUAGUAAGCGAAUCGCAAAAUGUAUCUCUCGUAAUCCAUACAUGUGCCCUUAUGGAUGUCAUUUUUAGCAUUUAUUCAUCUCUAAAUCCGAACCUAUCGACGGAAGCCAGGAAAACUGUCAAUCUAAUUCUCAAAGAAAAUUGGUCGAUCAUAGUACACUUGGUAGAGAGGAUGAAGUUUUUUUACGGCUUUCAAUUGUCACCCGAACUCAAAAAGGUUUAUCCUGGAAUAACUUCGACCUAUUUAUUCGGGUUACAAUUUUACCAUGCAAUCAUAUCCGAUAAACACGAUUCCAUCAUAAAAUCUGAUAGGAUGGAUGAUAUCCUGACGAAUUUCAAGGAUUUUGAUUGGAAAAAUCGAUCAAAAAUUUUAGACGAAAAUUUUCACCGAAUGGUAUAUAAAUUAUGCUUUUUGGUCGAAUCGUUUGUACCGGAUUCAAUGAUUAUCAGCGACUCCAAAUUGACCUCUGCGGAUGACGAGCCUUAUGAAAGCGACUUGAAAGCGAGAUUGUUAACGAAUCCUACAUUCAAUCUAUUCACAGUUUUAAUGAAUAACGUGGAAAAUUGUGUCGAGAAGAUAUCUGUAUUGAAUGAUGCUAAAGCAGGCAACCAGGGAGGACAAAGUUUAUUCUUCGAUAUAAGCCUAAUCGACGGUCCUUACAAUCUAGAAAAUGAAGGUGUCGCACAAGUAAGCGACGAGCAAAAAAGGUGUGAGAUAAACAAGGUUUUUCAAACGGCUAACUGUUCUUUGAGAUUGAUGGAUAAACUCAUACUUAUCAUGAAGCCAACCAUCUUCUGGGACGAAUUGAAACAAAGUGUUCCCAACUAUACAAAACGAACGAUGACCCAACUUUUUGCCAAUGCCUCUAGCCAAUCGUUUUUCGAAACCGGGCCCGAAUUAAAAAGUCUUAUGGCUAGUUUAUCGAAUACGUUUAUCUGCCUCAUAAACGCGGAUAUAUUUUCGCAAGUGGAAAAAGUGGAAUAUUUAUCCUCGUGGGGUGUAGAAUGGUCCGAAGCCCAAAACACGAUCACGUCUUGGCCUCUCCUCUUACCCUCUUAUUAUUUGGCUCCCACGUUCUGUACUCUCAUUUCCUUUUACAAAAAAAUUGAUCAGUCUCCAGAAAGUGAGGAAAAUUUUUUCAAAAGUCUUAUAAUCAAUUGUUGGCAAUCCUUCCUGGCCCGAAUUCAAAUGAUUGUUAGCUUUACUGAUAUCGAAUUUGACGAAAAAACCUUGCAAGAAGAUAUAAAUAUUGCCAAUCUACUCUUUUUAAUGUAUUUGUUCCAUGCCUUACCCACGCUUUCCGAUAAGGGAAUAAUAUUUUCUGCCGUCCGUGAUUUGAUAAUAGACCUUAGUCAACACAAUUCAGACCCGGGUAAACCAGUCCAUAUCAUACUCAUAACGCGAAUUUGUCUUAUAUUCGAAUAUCUCAUGUAUAAUUUCUACCAAAUGCCGGAAUAUUUAAUGAAUCAAAUCAAAAUGCUUAUGAAUAUACGUGAGGUUCGAACCGAGAUUGCUUCCAUUUUUUUAUUCGAUAAAGAGCUUCAAGAAAGAUUGGAAAAUCACAAGGCACUGUUGGGUAUCAAAGAAGAAACAACAGAUCCUAGAUACUUCACGCUCCAGAGUCACGAAGUUUAUGACAUAAAUGGGCAGCCUAAAUUGGAUUCUCUAGCAGCAAAAUUCUUGGUUACCGCCCUGGAUUAUAACGCGUUUUACUGUUCCUUUGUUAAGCUGCUGGAUAUCGGUGCGCAUUACGAUAUAAUAUACAAGGAAGGGAACGACACGAAACAAUCUUUUCUAUUUUAUAAGAUCGCUUGCGAUCUCGAAUAUAUGAUGACCCUUCUUUGGAGAGUGCUGGGAAAUUUACCACCCUCAAAGGAAAUGAUCGCUAAAAUAGCAAACAUGCCCCACGAAACAUCGAAGUUCAAACAAUCUCAAUCGAUACUAACGGAGCAAGAUGAUAAAAACGAUAUUCUAGUUUCUUACUACGAAAAGUCUGAUAAUCUCGAGUACGAAGGCGGAAAAGGAUAUUUCAUGACUUUGUUACGCUGGGCCAAUAGGCUAGAUAUCAAAAGCUCUCCCUAUCUCUCUUGGGUUAAGUGCUAUAUGUCCAAACAAGGAAUAUCUCUUUUGAAAUGUAACAUUAUGUUGGCGAAAAUAGUGCGUAAUCACAAAUAUCUAGAAGAUUAUUUAAGUUUCAUGAUCAACGUCUUGUCAUAUCAAUGUUUUUUCGAAUUGGUACACGCUUCAGAACAAGUCAUGUGUCAUUUGCCAAUGCUUAAACAUAUGUUCUUAAUUGACAGUUUCAUGUGUAAAUUGAUUAUCAAUUUGGACGAACUCAAAGACGAAAAACAAUUUGACAAAGAAAGAUUACGAAAUUGCAAAACUUACAAGAAAUUUAUACAUCUUCUUUUGAACCUUAUCAAAAUGUUGCACUACGCGAUAAAGCGGGAAAUAUACCAAAACUUUAUAACCAUAGAAGCCCAGCAUGUCAGAUCGUCUCACCCCUUUCCGAACCCCCCGAAUUUUCACAUAUAUUAUGAUCAAGCCAUAAGAUCUAUAGCCGAGAAGAUUUGCAUUCGCAAUAUCUCGCACACCACGUCCCCCUCCCUCCCAAGCCUUUUACAACAAAGUAGCGAAAGCGAAUCGCUGAACAAUGCUCAAAGUAUUACCCACAACCUUCCGCAAGUCAAAAAAGCUCCGAAAGAACGAUACCUCACUAACACGGUAUACUACGUGAAUUGUCAAUUGGCAAGCCUAAGCUCGGAAAAUCUCAUCAAAUAUUGUCUACUUCAACCAAAAGACGGCACCAAAAAGAACCGAUACUAUAAAGGCGGGAACAGCAACGCGUACCCUCAAAGCGAUAAAUCUCAGGCUUUGGUAUCGUCGCUGCUAUCUGUGACCCUAAGCUUUUGUCUUGACAAAUGGAACUCCCUUUCUAUAGAAAGUUUUCCACCCUAUAUCGCUGAUUCACCUUGCAAAGAAAAUACUCGCAACAAUUCGCAGAAUACUGAUUACGAUUCUUAUCUAUCAUCGGUUUUCACAUCUCACAUCAAGCUUCUAAGUAUCAACGGAUUCGAUUCAUCAGUGUCAUUGAAACGUCUUUUUAAAACCUCGCUUAUCCUUUUAUCUAAACUCCUAAACUUCAUGAGUCUUGACAAUUGCGAAAACGAUGUAAACGACUUAAUGUUCCCCAUAUUUUUAGACGCUCGCACGGACUACAUAACUAAUGAAAUAAUUCCGAAAUUGGAGAAAUAUGUUGGAGCUACGGGAAGUCAGAAGUUUAGGUACAAUUUAUCUUUUUACGCGCUCAAAAAGUGCAAAGAGAUUUUGGACACUUUAACGAAUGAAAGUUUUGCCGAUCAAAUACGUUAUAAUAUUCUCGAGCUGAUGAAAAAUAUAAUCAAAAAUGAUUUUGGCGUUGAAACAUUUUUCUCCAUUUUUAAUUCGAGUGAAAAUUAUAUGAGCCUCUUCAAGAUGGUUAACGAUCCUAAAGGGUUAACUCAGUGUAGCGAUAGCAUAAAGCACUCUCUCCUAACCCUAUUCACUUGCGCCUUCCAAAAUUUGUCCCAUUUUAACGCGACCUCCGUUUACAUGGAAUCUCUAGACAAUUUUGUGACCACUUUUCUAAUGGUGGAGGAAAAUAUUGAUUCAUAUUUUCACAAAUUACUGGGCAUCCCGACCGAAGAGGAUAUAACGAAAGAUAAUGACGUAUAUAACAUGGGAGUGAUUAGCGAGAAUUGCAAAAACUUCUAUAGCUUGAUAAAUUACUCAUAUUUACAUAGCAGUCUACUCCUACCUUUGACCUGCCACGAAAAGAUCCUCUCCUCCUUGGCCUCAAUAAUGAUAAAGCUUCUUUCUCACUUCAAAACCUGUCCCACGUCUUACGAAAUAUACCUGGCGUGCUCCCAUCUUUUUUUGUGUCAAAAUAAAUUCGCGUUCGCUAGCAAUCAAGUUGGGGUCAUAAAAUUAACGCUAUUCGCUACGGAAUUGCUCGGGACCUUGGUGAAGGAUCAUUACGUUCGCGACUUUUUGAGCCCUCGCCGUACGAUUCACAACGCGUCUAAGGACUUUUACGUAUUUUUAUGCUACGUCUUCACUUUUCUCGAUUGUAUCUUGACGUGUGUUCAACCUUAUUCGGAAAACAUGAAUUCUUACAACGAUUCGAACAAAUUCGGGGAUACUUUGGAUAUAUAUUUAAAAUCUAACGAUAGAAAUCAUACGUUUGACUUAUCGGAAGAAAAUUUUGAAGAUUCUUUAUCCGACGAAUCAGAAUAUAACGAUCUCAACGUUGAUAUAUGUACUUUCACAUUCACGAACAAAGAGUUUAUCGAACAACAUUGGUAUAAUUGCCACACAUGCUCUAUGGUAGACGGGGUAGGCGUGUGCAGCCCUUGCGCCAGAAUUUGCCACAAAGGGCACGACGUUACUUAUUCCAAGUACGGCUCUUUCUUUUGCGAUUGUGGCGCCAAGGAGGAUGGAUCUUGCAAAGCUUUAGUUAUCAACAACAAUGUAUCACUAUCACCCGACAACAAAAAUAACGAUUUAACAUCCAGUCACGAUGGCGACCUUAGCCGUCACCCCUCCAUAAAAUUGUUAUCCACUAGAUGUAGAGGUAUAAGCGAAUGUUUGGAAAAUGACUAUAGCACUUUUGAAUCUUUAGUCUCUCGUUGUAAAUUUAUCAAUCCAAACUUACCCUAUCAAAGCCCCGGAUCCAAACAAUUUUCGUUUUACACCCAAAAUCAGAUUAAUAAGUUGAAACAAGAGGGCACCGAUUUGUACAACGCUUUCAUUGGUCAGAAGAUAUUCGCCAAAAUUAAUGAUUGCGUUUCCCUUUACGUUCAUCAUUUUAUCAAGUUUGUGGAUUCCUCCAAUAUCCUUGACGACAAGAGCUCUUAUUUUACCCAAUCAACAGUUGGCACUCCAUUGUCCCUUCUUUACUAUCGUAUUAUCUAUCCCCUAUCAUUAAAACUUGACAACGACGAUUCCUCACAAGUUGAAGGAAAAAAUGGCGAACAAGCCAUCAUCGAAACUUACGCUAAGAAUGAACAAGAUUCCUCGUCGUCAUCGAGCGAUAUUAAUGAAAUAUUGGGCAAACCUUUAGCCAUUCUGGGUUCCAAGUUUUCACUCCUCACGGGUCCCGACGUCUCGUUCCCUCCUUCCCUUUCACUCGAUCACUACGGAUCCAACAAUGAAUCAGACCUAGGUCAUAAAGACAAUUCCGGAUUGGGCAAUAGCAAUGUUAUCAUUCGUAAAGCUUGCGCGAAUGGUAGUGGCAAUAUCAAUAAUAUUAAAGGGCCCGCCAUUAUGGUCUCCCUAAGACCUUAUAAUUUGCGCUUCGCUAGAGCCUUUCCCUUAGAUGAUGGCCCGUCUGACAACGGCCCAUUUUUGAUCGUAGCUUCUGAUAAAGAUAAAUUGGCGAUGUACCGAUCCGACAAUGUAACAAUGGCGGACAGCAAUUCCUUAUCGAAUCCUAUAUGGAAUCUUAAGAUGCCCUUCUCCAUCAAUUCGUUAGUUAUUCACCCAAAGACCAAUCAACAUAUCGCUAUAAUCGGAGAUCAGGACAUAAUUAUUUUGACAAUCGAUGAGAAAGCUACACUAACAGACAGAUACCAUUUAUCCCCCUCGAACGAUACAUUUGUAUCCCUUACUUCCGACGCAUUAAAUGCGAAACUAAUCUUGGCGCAACGCACCCAAAGUGCUAUAUUGAAAGGUGUUUGGUUGACACCUUCACGCGGCGCCAUUAAUCAAUGCCUUUUUAAAUUGGCGGUUUUGAACAAGGAUUCUCUCAAAAUUUACGAUUUUAAUGAUGGAAAUUUGUUGAAAAGUAAGAAUAUCAAAAAUAAAAAUAUUCCGCUGGAGUAUUCGUUCGUUAUACCUAACAGUUCGAUGACGGACUCUUGUUGUAUCAUCGAAAGUGACGGGAGUCUUUGUAUACUCAUAAUGUCUCAAGCGAGUGUUAUAUAUUAUCAACCUUUAAACGAUGAGGCUAAGUAUAAUGGCGUGCUUUUUUAUGUUACAAACGCUAUUUACAUUGCUGGAACGAGCGAUUCUCAAAGCAAAUUGAAUCCUUUAUUCGGGGGCGGAAAAACGCUGUACUAUUCCAAUUCAUUAAAUCUUAUAUUGAUGAGCUUCGUUGAUGGCACGACCUUAUUAGCUAAAUGCUCACGUGAUACAGUUAAUGGGAAUCUUGUUUUGGAUAUAAGAUACAAUAUACAGAUACCGAAGAUAAAAAACGCUGUAUCGAUCGGUGCUUAUUACGAUUUAAAUGAAAUUCCUGAAAUUCCGGGAAUUAUCACCUGUAAGACAGCUGUCAAAUGGAACAACGAAUCGAAUGCGCAAACGAAUAAUACCACGACUAACCCGAUUACGAAGAUGGGCGAUAAAGCUAACAAUAAAGACACCCUUAAAAAAUCCCUGGACCAAGGUCAUCAUACUGUGAGGCACAUCAUAUUAGGAUUCACAUGCAACCAAAUCCACGAGGAUCAAAGGGAUAGAGACAAUAAUUUUGAUUUUACUGGAAGGAUGUAUUGUUGUGAUUUGAUCACCGACAUGGAGCAAUGGGAAAUUCUACCAAUUUCAUUUAUGAUUUCGGAGAGUUCUACGAUAAGCGCGUUGACGGUAUCCUCCAACUACGCGAUAUUCGUUUUAUUCGAAAAUGGAGACUUGAUGACGAUAGAUAUGAUGAGACCGGGUAUAAAUCCAGUUCUAGGCUACAUUACAUGUUUUGAAGGUCCCCUGGCUCCAUUUACUUAUAAACGUGGCUAUGAUCUUUCGGAGAGUCCCUAUGCUAUAAGAUUUGACAAACCUCUGAAGAUCAUCAAGAAUGACGACGGCAAAUCAUUCUUGCCCACAUCGAAGGAUCUUAAAUUAAAAAAAGGUAACUUAUCGACAACCAAUACCCAUCUCUCUCUACCUCCGGAUUCUCCAGAUUAUUUCGAAAGCUGUCAACUUUGUACCACUAAGAAUUUGGAGUUCGGGGGCUCGGACUUUUUAGAAAUUUACGACAAGGCUAAAUUAGUCCAAAGGCUCACCACACCCGGCCUCUUCGUGGCCGUUAUUCCUUUCAAUAAUCAGGGGAACGCGUCAUCGAAAAAGGAUGACAUCAACCAGAUGUUCGCCAAUAUGAACCAAUUACUUCAAACAUCGUCUAGCAAAGGCAGUAAAAGGGCUCAGAGAAGGAAAGACGAAUAUGCUCGAGAUUACGUUAAACUAGAAAUAUCUUUGGAUAAAUCUUCUCCGCCUGAGAAUGAUAUGUAUGUAGCAGGAUUACAAGUUCAAAUCGGUUGUCAUUCUUUGAAUCGCUCUCCGUCUUAUUUGAAAAUUGGGAAGAGGACCAUAGAGAUUAAAAAUUUAAAGAAAAGUAGAUGGUACGAUAUUGCACUUAGUCAAAACGAAUCUUCAAAAUUUGGAAACUGCAUCAUCCUUAGAAUUGGUCACAGUAAAGAUCCUAGAAAGAUAACUAUCAUAGACAAUAUCAAGGUCUACUGCAGGAAUUAUGUCUCGAGCGACAAAAAGGAGUAUCGAACAUCCGAAAUACUGGUCUUGAAGUCUAAACAAGACGCGUUACACCUGUUCGGCUGGCAGUUAGUAUUAAGAAGACCAUUUCAAUUGGCCCCCUUAAAAUUUUAUCCGGAUACUAAUUUGAUAAACAUGGUUAUAUGCUCAACUUUGACAACGAUGCUAAAACUCGUUGCAUUAUGCAAAGAAAAGCCUUUGAAUGACCACUUGUCAAUCAAGGAAUUAUCCUCCAAGUUGAUCAACUUAUUUCAUUGCCAUUUGAGCCAAGACAUCUAUAAAAUCAUCAUAAAACUACUCGACCAACUUCUACCCUUCGAUGAUUUCCUCUAUCAAAAAGAUAGAAUAUUGAUAGAGGUUGCCUUCUCAUAUAUCAAAUAUUGUGCGUCUUACUUUUAUAACCCCACCGAAUCCACCGAUUACCAUUCAUAUCCCGAUAUUAUAGCCUUCACCGAUCUUAUAGCUACCCUGAGAAGAAUUUACAUGCUUAGGCCUGCCCAAUUCGCAUCUUACGCCUUUUCUUCACAAAUUCUCAGCCCCGAUACCCCUUCAUUUAAAAAUGAUGAAACGAGUCUAUCAUCCUAUUUAGACAACUGUCCCUUGUUCGCCCACAAUUUAUUCGUCACUGCGCUAAAUAGACUAGUGAGCCUCGAUACUGGUAAGCUCUUUCAAACUGAUUACGGAGCGGGUUUUAAAAUCAUGGGUAACCAGUUGCCCGAGGAUCAUCAUAUCGCGAAUCAAUUCUCCCCGCUUCAACAGUUCGUGGAAUGGUCUCCCAACUUUGAGGAACGAGUGAACGCUUGCGUUUUUGCCGCUUGCGAAAUGAUGUUCGUUACAUCCUUCUUUAAUCAUUUCGAGUUUUUGGCCCAUCAUUACUAUAAGGAUAUACUUCAAAUUGAUUACAAAGAAAUGAAUAAUGAUUCGAGCAACCAGUCGACCACCAAUGAAACAUCGGUCCAGAGAGCGGUAAAAUUUUAUUGCUCAUUUUUGAUUCCUCCACCCUCGAAUAGUUCGAAUCAUAGAAGCGAUGACAAAAUUAGUUUCUAUGAUUUGAUCGCUAAAGCUUGCCAAAACGCGAUAGCCAACCUCCUCGGAAAUUACCAAAAGUACGCGGAUUUUUAUCGUAACAGAGACGCUAUUUACAACACUCAGACACCUCCACUCGGGCUCAAGAUACCCGCUAAUAAAAUGGAAGAAUUUAUUCCUAGAGUGACUCGUACGAAGGUUCAUUUCGUUAUCGAUUAUUCAUCUAUUAUCGUCAUUAAUCAACAAUCCACUUUGAACGAAGAUGUAUCGGGAAUUCAACCUUUUACAACUGACAAUCCAAUCGAAUACGUCCUGUUUUGUUUCCUAAAAAAAUUACCGGAUAUUUUGACAGACGUUCGGGCUGGGACCGAGGCCGAUCCCUACUUUCAAAAUUUGGUAUCGAUUGUUACAAUAUUGUUCGAAAACUCGUCUUACGACAUAGAAAAAUUGCAUAUCAAUUGCGACGAUUUAUUAAUGGUGCUCACAACUUUGGUGAAACGGAUAAAUAGUCAGCAAAUAGCUUAUUCAACAACCUUUAACCACGUUGGUUAUUAUUUGAUCAAGUUCGUGAACAUUUUUAUUGGCAAAAUGUGGACUAUUCAAGAUGGCGUUACUUUCGGUCCAGCCAUCCUCGGUAAAUUGAAGGUACUAUUCGAUAUCUGCCUAGAAUCCUUGGAAAUUCUAGACGCCAAUUUUUGGACCAAAUAUCCUGACAAGGAUAUUUACGCUCCAUUAUCCAUGUCAAACAAAAUCAAACCCUUUCCCUAUUUUAGUACCGAAGUCUACAACAUAUUUUUUCCUUCCAAAUAUUAUUCCAUCCUGAAGGACGAAAUAUUUUUGAUGUAUCCUGAGAUGAUGACCCGUUUGCUUUUCAAUCUUUUAUUGCAGCUAGGUCCACACUUGCAUUCAGAUCCCAACUUCUAUAAUGUGGAAAACGCGACAUCUAAUCAUUUGCAAAAGAUAUGUCUAAACUAUAUGACCCGACUUUCCCCGUCAAGCCCUCAUCAUUUUAAACGCAAUCGUAAUGAUCCGUCGCAUCUUACCUCAAAUAAAGAGGGGCCAGAUAAUGCGGAUACUUUUUCGCCAGAAAACCGUGCGACUGCCGGCUAUAAUAUAUCACUCUUCAAGCAAGUCAAAAGAGUCAUGCUAAACGUUUGUUGUUGCGGAUCGAGGAAUCUGAUGAAGACUAGAAGAGACGUUUUCUUGUUAACUACGAGAUUGGGGAACAUAGAAAAUUUUUUGAACUCACCUUUGUUUACCACGAAUACUAUAGCUAGCGACGUUUGCUUCAUAUCUGUUAAGGAGCAGGAAGCCCUUGCCAAAACUCUCUAUUUCUCGGAAUGGACCUCUCAUGGCAUGGAUUAUUCCGUAAUCGAGAGCUUAGUCUCCGACCUGAAAUACUGUUUGGAAAUAGCUAUAGUUAGAAGACUCAAUUGGGUUCGAUUUUGUAUGACGCAGUGUUCCGUAUUCAAUACGUUGUUGAGAUGCGCCUGCCUUUUCGCGGAUUGCGAAAUAAGCUGCAUAAUAUUGAAACUUUUAUUGGCCACCCUGGAUGGUUGCUGCGGUAAAGGCCACCGAGUAUCUAACGGGGCGUCAGAAUCCCCUAGUUUUAGCGCUCUUAUGGAAAAUGAUAUUCAAAAAUACUUGGUUGAAUUCAUUAAAUCGAAUCUGAUAAAUUCCACUAACAUCGAUAACAAGUGGCUAGCCCGUAAAUUUAUCAUCUUCUAUUACAAUUCAAGACGCUCCUCUCACGAUAAAUUAAAACUCAUCCAAACGAUGAUCGUUGAUUGCCUACCUGUCGUUCUCCAAUCCGGCUCUAAGUCUGUCCAAUUUAUUGACACUCUUUCUUACCUCAUCCAUAAACAGCUCCCCAAGAAGCACGAUACCAAUAAUAACGAAUACUUCAAGAAUAUAGCUCUGUACGUCUUUCAACACAUGAAGCUGCUGGUUCGAGUCAUAAUAAAUGAUCACAACGCUAGACUUUACGCCGAACUAGCUCGGUACAUCAAAUUGGACGAUUACUAUUUGCAGACUUACAACGCCUGUGUUCAUUGCGCGCCCAGAGAAGCUUACGCUAAUAUCAAGCUGUCGUCCAUUAAAAGAGAGUCUAAAUACACAUCUUUUUCGAUAAUUGUCAAACUGACCUCUUGCUAUGUCAUAUCUAGCCUCAGUAUCAAAAUAAGCGAUAUCAAAAAAUCGAAAAUGGUUAAAACGAUGUCUAUCUUCGUAAACAACAAUCGUAAUCAAAGCGUCGUUGAACUCAAAAACUCUCCCCGCUCUUCUUGGUUCUGCGUCAUAAACGAAGCUACCCUUCAACCUUUGCAAACUUGGUUAAAAACCGAUUUUCCUUUUCCCGUGCUAGCUUGUAACGUUAAAAUCCUUUACGAUUCCUUUCACGAAUCACCGAAUCACAAUGCAGCAAAUUCUAAUGGAAAUGGAGGUGUAAGUUGCCCUCGGUGUAAUACACUCGUCAUCUCUCACACGGGAAUAUGCACUAAUUGCGGGGAAAACGUUUUCCAGUGCAGCAAAUGCAGGUCCAUCAAUUAUGAUGACAAAGAUCCCUUCUUAUGCAUUAAUUGCGGGUUUUGCAAAUACGCGAAAUUCGAAUAUUCGGUCAACUCUCAUCAAUGUUUUGUCACCGAACCUAUAAUAAACGAGGAUGGAUACAAAAAUAUUAUAACGCAGUUCGAAAUCUUGACGGAUAAGUACGAAAAAUACCAAAAGCAAAUUAAAAUGCACAGGACUAAUAUCAGUGAUAUGCUGACGUUUUUGGGGGACCCCAAUUAUUUUCUGAACCUUAAUUCUUCUAUCGAGUUGUACGCUCCUCAUAAGGAGCUGUCAACUAAUGUCACCAAAAUACCAUCGCAAAAUGACAAGGAUCCUCAAAAGUUGAUUCAAAUUCUUAAUAAUAAGUACCACACGGAAUGCAAGGUUGUGUAUACGGAAUCACAGAAACUCAUGUUCCAAAUGAACUCUCUAAAGAAGGAAUUGAAGAUUAGCAGGCUAAUCCUCAAUUCUUCAUUCGAUAAUGGACUUAAUGAAAGCAAAGUUUUAGAAAUCCUCAACAAAUCUGAAGAUUAUGAUGCGACGACUGAUUAUUGUUUGAGAUGCGCCUACGCUUCGAUAGAGCACAUUCUCAUGUUGAUUCAAGCCCUUGUAUUGAACGACGAAGUGAAAAGACUUCUAAUCGAAACGGGAAUCAUUGAUGAGCUUAUCGAUUACAAUACCUUCCUUAACUUUGAUUCCACCAGAAAAAUUUUGUCCUAUCUUAUUAUCAACAAUGGGGCUUUGUUAAAAUCGAUUAAUCAAUCCAUGUUCGAAAGGAUACAAAUUGCCUUGGGUCCUUUACUUAUUUACAAGGAUCGCGUCCAAAAUAUCAGCAGUAAAAUCCUGUUAUACGAUUCUUGGAUAUACGUUAAGCACUACGCCGCUAUCCUUAUCAACAACAUGGAUUACUUGGACGAUGAAUGGGAAACGCGAUUUAGAUAUGUUAUCCGAUUAUUCGCCUUCUCCGUUAAAUACCUUCCCGUCACCGCCUUUGUUCACGAACAAUUGACCUUACACGUUGGACGUUAUUUAGUCAAUCUAAUUUCCUCGCUUCCCGAUUCGAAAUCGCUCAAAAAAUCAAAAAAAAGAGUAAAUUCCCCUAAUAAAGCACCGAUCGAUAAACCCAAGAAAAAUAUUAUCAAAAGGCCCCCUUUAAAAACGAACGCGUUGCCGCCACAUUCGAACGGAUUCGAUUUGACAAGGUGGUUAAAUCGUGACGACAAUGCCGACGCAAAUUACUGGGCGACUUUGGAUGAGAAAUCGGAACACAGAUUUGAUAGAAUUAGUAUCAACUCUCAAAGUUGGGUCACGAAUUUACUUUUUUCACCUUACCCUAAACUAAGACAAUUAGCCAUUACCAUCUUGAAAAAUUUAAACCAAAAGAUGGAUUCUCCUCAAGUUUUGAAUUAUCUACUCAGCUUUUUGAAUCAAGAUAUCAUGCUAUUUGCCAAUUACACCGACGAGUAUUUCGAUUACCUAUUGAAAUUUUUCAAAUCCCCGAUUGACUCUCCCAAAGACCAUUUUAAACAUUUAGAUUUUCAAUGCCUAAAAAAUUUGAUUACAUUAAUUAUAAGAGAAAAACAUAUAGCAUUCGAUCGAAGCUUACAUUUUGAAAAAUGUCUGCAUUCUAUGAUUGAAUUGUUAGAAAUGUAUUGCGAUGAUAGUAGACAAAUCGAACAUAUCCCAUUCGUUCUCAACACCUACCUAGAAUUGAAAACGACAGCUGACCUAAAAUCAAAAUCGUUGAAUUUUACCAUUGACAAACUUUACAAUUUACUCAUUCAAGCAACCAGUAAAGACGACGGUUUAGAAAAAAUCGUUCCAGCUCUAGUCAAUCAUUUGGCUCAUGAUGUCCUAGUUCCUCGAAGCGAGAGUAUCGAUUUUGUCAAAACUUCUAUUUGCUUGGAACUUUUGGAAGAAUUAUUUGUUAAGCCAACGGAAACGAAGGAUCACGGGAAUGAUCAAUUUUUCUUAGUGAUUGAGAAAGAUGUCCACCAGGAGGAUUAUUUACAAGGAAGAAUGCAAGAAAACCCUUAUACUUCGACUGGGGAAGGCCUGGGCCCUUGUAUGAGGGAUGUUAAAAACAAAAUAUGCAGGGAUUGUGAAUUGAUCGCCCUCUUGGAAGACGAUAGCGGCAUGGAGCUAUUGGUCGAUAACAAGAUCAUGAACCUAAAUUUGUUAGUUAAAGACGUAUUUAUCAAGGUAUGGAUACCGACUCAUCCUUCCUCCGACACCAUGCUGGUAAUAUACAGGGUUAGAGGACUGCUCGGAGACGCCACCGAAGAAUUUAUCGAAACGCUGAAUGGAGAAUCUUCCCAGAAAAAGAAGAAUUCCUUGGAUACAUCAUCCAAUAGUACCGAUGCCAAAGGUCUCAAAGAAUCUAAGUCCGAUAUUUUGGAUCAUGAUUUAGACGAAUUGACAAAAAGGAACAUUGCUAUCUUGAAAAAUACGAGAUGUUACAAGGAACUUUUGAGGAUUCUCAAAAAUAUGGUUAAUCCAGUCAGCCUGUCAAACACGCUCGUUCAACUUCUCAACAUCGUAGCAUAUCUAAUGAAAUCCGAGAUCUUUAUAAAUGAAGAGAUUCUAUCGCCUUCCUCCAGCAUAGACCAAGAAAGUUCUACCAUAUGCGUCUUGUUAGAUCUGCUAGAAAAAAUUAUCAACGUUUCUAGGACUACAACCCACAAAAAUACGUCGAGUCUCUACUACCAGGAAACUAUAGGGAAAAGUCAAGAAAAAUUGCUAAGAUCCUGCUUGGAUAUAAUGGCAACCAUUCUUUCCCAUAAUUUAAACGGAAAAUAUAACCCUUGCCCUCACAUAAUUCAACGUCUUUUGAAACUUUUGGAAGAGCCCGACUUAAAGCUUCCUCAAUUGCAGUUAGAUAUUAUCAAAAUGUUACCUUAUCUUAUGACUGGUUCUACUAAUCAUAUACAGACCGUAUUGGAUCAUUAUACCCCAGUUCUCGAUUUUGAAGGAUAUGACAACAAUCAAACUCCACAAACGACCGUUUCUCUCGACCAAUUCGUUUCCCUUCUCCGCGAAUGCCACUCAGCCUUAUUCAAUGUUUGCCCUAUGCCUAUCUUUCUCUCCCAACUUUUGAAUUUCUUAACCAGACUGAAUGACGACUGCGUCCUAAACCGCUCCUUACAAUAUGUGGGGCUCAAGACCGGGUUCGGGGAUUGGAAAAGCGUGGUGACCUCCAAAUUUCCCUCUCUUUCCUACGUUCUUAAAAUUCUCACCGGGAUCUAUAAGUUGAUCAGUCUGUCCAAUCUUGCUGCCACCGCUAAAGAAACCGAUGGUAACGAUUCGGAAAGGAAACGCAAAGAAGAAUCGGAUCCGAAUCUGAAAAAGGAUAUCGAAGAAGCCCAGGAGACAAGUUAUGAUAAAUCGAAUGACAUCGAGACCGAUAUAACGUCACUCUUGAAAUUGUUACACAAGUUGGAACAAACGUCAACAGAGGACCAUUUAGGAACGCUAGCCGAAACUCUCAUGAAUACGUUAUUGCAGACCGACCCAUCUGUCCAACAAAAAAUCGAAAAAAUCAGGCAUCAAACUAAAUUAGAGCGCAAAAAGAUCGCAAUGGCUAAAAGGGAAAAAAGAUUGGAGGCGCUUGGAAUGAAAACGAAUGUUAAAGGACAAGUUUUAGCCUCGGACGCUACAAACCCCUUGACGUCUCACCUAGAUAAUCUGACCAACGAAUCUGGACUCAUUUGCUGUAUUUGCUUCGAAGGAUAUCGAUUUCAACCUAAAAAGAUGCUGGCUAUAUACACACUGAUACGCAAAAUUGAAUUGAUCAAUUUAUCCCAAAGCGUGAAAAAAGCGGGUCACGUUACUUUUUCAAACUUUAACAUUGUCCACAUCGAUUGCCACAACGAUUCCUUAAAACAAACCAAAUCUCGCAAUGAAUGGGACGGUGCCACUCUCAUAAAUUCUAACAUAGCGUGCAACAGUUUAUUACCCCUCUGGGGUAUCAAUAUUACGGAAACGGCCUUCGUUCAAUCACUGACAAAAUUUUUUAAGUGUAUCAGGGAUGUGGCAUCUCUAAAGGAUAUAACUCACGAAACCGUGGCUUACAAUAUCAAAACACUCAUUUCGCGGCUGGCCGAAGAGAAAUAUUUUACUGACGAUAUAGCCGUAGGUACCAAGGAGAGCAAUAUCAAACUUUUGCCUUAUCUUAUGAACAUAGCACUCUAUUUGACCAUUCAACAUAAAACUCACCAAAACAUGGAAAGCAACCUAAACAGUUUCAUAAAAGUUUACCAGAAUCUGCCUUUGAGUGAAGCGCUGUCCAAAUUGUCUAAUAGUACACACGACGAUGCCUAUUUUUAUAGCGUCAUAUCGCUCUUAGCCACGGAUUCUGAAUGGUGGUACCUUAAUGGACUUGCAAUGCUCAAAAAUAGUAUUCUCCUGGAAUAUCUGAAAAAUUUUAACAAUGAAAAUAUUCUUCGUGAACCCAUGAUAUUAGAAACUAGCUUUUCGGAGUUCUUGAUGACAUAUUCAAAUUACAAGACACCUUUGUUGUUUUACAUGAUAUGUAGCGGCAUCUAUCAGUUGGUAUUUAAGGACGUAAACAUGGGCGAUAAAGAUUCAAAUGUUUCAUGGCCACAAAAAUUGAGCAAUUAUAUUCGCUUAAACGACGAACUGAUUUUGAAAGGUUGCCAAGAAAUGCUUAAGCGUUUCGAUAUCUGGAUAACUUCUGAAUCCGUCGAAGAACUUUUCAUCAAAAACGAUAUGACUGUUAAUGUAGAGGGCGUGAAAGAAAUUUUCGAUAUACUCAAAGCGGGAUGUACCAAAAAUCAGCAUAAUAUAUGAUAUUAUAACAUUAAUAUAUACGUAUUUUUUUUUAAAAAAAAUAAAUGUAUAUAAUUUGAUUUUUAAUAUU